AUGGGUAACACUAAUAGAAGAGAAUCGAACAAGAAAGAAGAUGAGGACGACGAUGCGGACGACUUUUUAAAAAUAAUCCAAGAAGAAACAGAGGAUGUGGCAGGAAUAAGUAUAGAAAGCAUGGAUUACCCAGAGGUUUGCAAUAACAGUAAGUCGAGCCCUCAGGAGAAGGGUGACAAAAAUGAGAUGGCUGAAACAAGUGUAAAGGGAAUGGAUGAUGGGGUCGCAGUUCAAAUAAAAGGACAGGGGAUACUAGACGAGAGUUUGGUGAACAUUUUUUUUUAUGAAAAUUAUUUUAAAAAUUUUUUCCAUCUAAAUGAGGUUAAAAAAUUUGGGUUUAACAUGAGCAGUGGGAAUGUGGCAGAUAGCGCUAAUAACACAAAUGGAGCGAAUAAUGAAGCAAUAAAAGGAAAGAAGAGAAAAAGGAUUGAGGAAAUUAUUGCUCAUAAUAAUAAGUAUAUUAUAAACUUUUUGAAUAAUAGCAUGGGGUCCAAAAUAGAGAUAGCAAAUUUCAUUUCCUUUUACUUCUUUUUUCAAAACGUAAGAAAAAAUGGAAUAAAGGAUUCAACAGACAGUAAGAAGAUACAUGGAAAAGAUCUGUCCGAUGUUCAUAACAUAUAUCUCCAGGUUAAGAAUUCUAAAAAUUAUAUUUCUUCUUGUGACUUGGACACAUGCAUUAGGAAUUAUUUAUAUCACAUUGAUAAAAGAAAUUUUCCUAUUUUGAAGAAAAUUGGAACAAAGGAGAGAUAUGAUGGAAGGGAUCAUGUGAGGAAGAAAAAAAAGGGAUAUCCAAAGAGAUGCACAGUGCCAGGGAGGAGGGCAAAAAAUUCAAAAGGUGAAGUAGGAACAUAUGAGGAAUCACUUGCAGUAGUGGAAGAAUCAGUUGAAGUGGCAGAAGAAUCACGCGUAGAGGCAGACACAUUGGAAAGGGACGUGCCAAAUGAACUUUUUCAAGAAACGUUGAACGAAUUGAAGAAUAACCAUGGAAGAAAAAUAAAUUGGGAUACAUACAAUCGAAAAAAGAAAUCAAUGCAACAUAGAGUGAAGAUAGAAGAAAACAAAAUUCUGCUUAAGCGGAAAAGUAACUUGGGUAGAAAGUGCAAUGAUAAUUUUUAUAUGUACAAUUCAGGGGCUCUUAGAAAUAUUCGGAAGGGAAGAAGAGACAACAAAAUUGAUGUAUCUGAAAAGAAGAAAAAAAAUGAUAUUGGUGAUGAUGGUUGUAUGAGAAAAAGCAACGAAAUUGCCUUUGCAGAUGUGUGUGAUAAAAGUGCAUCUUCAGAUGUUCGUGAUGAAACUACGUCUGCACGUGCUUGUGAUGAACAGGAGGUUAUGUCGCUGCGUGGAGAGAAGGAAGGUGUAGUGGAGGUAACGCAGGACUCUUUGCAGAAAGAGAUAAAUAAAAGAAAAAGUGACAGCUCCUCGUACGCUGUUUAUAUUAAGAAAACAUUGUCUAAGGUGUUUAAAAAAUAUGAAAUUAAUAAAUAUAGAUUCAUGAAGAAAAAGAAAAGUAGUAGAUUAUUAUCAUCCCAUGUUCAUAAGGAAUCGACAGAGCAGAUGAAUUUAGGAAUUUCCUUUUCCCCAGCUGGUCUAUUAAUUCCAUAUCAUUUAGGAGUGAGUAGUUUAUUAAUUGAAAAGAACAUAUUGAAUAUGCAUACAAAUAUAGCAGGUUCUUCAGCUGGUAGUAUUUGUGCAUGUUGUUUAGGUAUUGGGUUGAGUGUAGACAAAUGUUUUUUUUUAAUUCAAAAUGUGAUUAGUAAUGUAUACAAAAAUGGAAGUUAUCAGAAAUUACAGAAUAUGUUAGAUGUUGAAUUGAACAAGUAUUUGUAUACAGGUAGUUCUAAUUUUUUGAAUAAGCGUUUAGGAAAUGUUUUUGUUGGUAUCACACAAAUAUUACCAUAUUAUAAGAAGCUGAAUAUUACAAAAUUUUAUGAUGAUAAUGAUUUAAUAAAUGCAAUAAUUGCAUCUUGUAACAUUCCAAUGUAUUUAUCAAAUAACAUUUUUGUAAAUUUUAGAAAUAAAAAAUGUAUAGAUGGUUUUUUUAGCACAAAAAAAAAAGAUUUUGGAUGUCCAAAUACUAAGACAGAACGUAUGAUAAAGGUUUCUCCAUUUGAUUCUGAUUAUGUGGGUAUUGAAAAUAAAAAUAAUAGUGUUAUUAGUCCCCAUAUGAUUAAGUAUAAGCAUUUGAUUUUUCUCUAUUUGUGCGUUAAAAAUAUGUUUCAUAAGUUUAUAAAUAAUGUAUGGAUACAGAAAGAUUAUUUGUUUCUCAUUCGAUGUUUGAAGCAGAUUAUGGAUAUGAAGUUAUUUGAUUGGUAUGGAUUCGUUAGAAAUUAUUUUUUCUUCUUUCUAGAGCAACAUAAGGUAGAGGAGUUAAGAACAGGAGUAUCAGUGAACAAUGUGGAACUGAUUCAUCGUCUCAAAAAAAAACUAAGCAAGUUUAAUUAUAGAAAUGUAAAUUCGACAUGGAUAAACCUUUUCUUGGACAUCAAUAGGGAAGUGUUGUCUCAGUUUAACAACUAUAAUUGCAAAUAUGUGAAUUUUUAUAACUUUUCUGUGUCACUGAUAAAUCUUAUGAGUGCAUAUUUCAGGGAAAAUCUUCAUUCUGUGAAGAAGCUGAAUAAAAUUAUUUCACACUCUUUUCAAAAAUGGGGUUAUUCUCCGGUUUGUAUAAGCAGCAUCGCUGAUUGCAGAGUUGCUUCUAAUGGUGUGGCCACUUCUAAUUGUGGAACUACUUCCAAUGAUGUGACCACUUCUAAUGGUGUAGAAAUGGUUUGGAGGCAGCGCCUCACCCCCUCUUCGGAAAAUGCAUCAGAAGGAAAUAAGAAAAUAAAAGUAGAUAUGAAAUUAGAAAAUAUUUUCCUCCUUUUGAAAAAAGAGAAAUUGUUAAGAAUGGAAGAGUACAUAUACUUUCACCCACAAUUAGAAAGUGACAUAAUUUUAUUCCUUUUUAAGGAACACUUUUCAAAUGAAAAUAUCACAAAAUUGGAUAAAAAAUUUUUGAAAAAAUGUAUACACCAGAUGCUGGAAGCUUUGAAGGAGAUACUUUUUAAUGAGUAUCUUAAGAACUGCAUUUUGAAAUUGCAUUGUGUGAAAUGUGUUCAAGAUGAAGAAACGUCUGUUUUAUCACACUCAAAGAGGGAGCUAACUUGUGGACGAGGAGAUCACUGCACCAGUUUGGGCAAACUACAACAAAGAGAAGAGUAUAAGAAGACAUGUGAGGGAAGCAGAAAAGGAAUCCCAGCAGAAUGUUCUGGAAAAUUUAUUCAGCAGUGGGAUAAUGGGAAUCUGGAUAGUGGGAAUCGGAAUAGUGUACGAAUAAUCGCGCAUUAUUUGAAAUAUUGCCAGAUUUACAGAAAUUUUAUUUACAUACUUAACGAAAUAAAAUCUGCGAACAGUAGAGUCUUAAAGAUCAACAGAAAUAAUUACUACAGCUUUAUGAAUAUGAAUGCGAAUGAUAUGGGAGAUUCGUACCUCUUUUUGUAUCUUUACUUGUAUUCCAAUUUAUGUUAUCGGAACUUGUUUGCAAACAAUGCUGCUGUGGUUGGAGGUGGUGAUCAUAUUGACGUUGUGGAUGGGCACGGUUGCUUGAAGCUGAUUAGAGGUGUUCAACACAUGGAAAAGGAGAAAAAGGAGAAGAAUGAGAAGAAGAGAAGUGAUAAGAUGAAUAAUGAAAAGAAGAGAAGUUAUAUAAUGAAGAAUGAGAAGAAGACAAGUGAUAUAGUGAAGAAUGAGAAGAAGACAAGUGAUAUGGCGAAGAAUGAUGUUUCUUCCCUAAUUAAAGACAAAAACAGUAGCAACUGUACAGAAGCUCAGCAGUGGUUUUGUUUAUGGCAAGAGGGAGGAAUAGGAGGUUUUGACAACCAGGAACAUGUGAAGUGGGGGAGUGACUAUCAAAAGAAUUUGGAAAGCGAAUCCAGAUCAGUAAGCUUAACGCAAAGAUUUUCUGAUUUAUGGACUGUGAAAAAGAGCUGGAAGGAAGAGGAGCAGAUGAGGGAGAAAGAUUUCAUUGAAAGUAGCAAUAUUUAUCACAGAAAACUGUUUAAAAGAAAAGAUGAUGAAAUGGGAAUUGGUAGAAGAGGCAGUAGCAGCUGUGGUAGUGGUAUCGGAGUGCACAUCUUCACGAGUCUCAGUGAAAGAGGAAAAAAUGUGAGUGAUGUGAAAGGUAGCAGUGAAUGUCAGGCAUAUGAUAAGAAAGAUAACAGUGGAUGUCAGGUAUAUGAUAAGAAAGAUAACAGUGGAUGUCAGGAGUGUGAUAAAAGAGACAGGAAAGGAGGUACAAGCAACAUGAAUAACAACAGAAGAAAUAAUAAUUAUUCCAUUUUUAAAGGAAUAAAGAGUGAAGAAAAACACAGAUUGUGUUUGAAUUCUCUUCUGAGAAGUGAUUAUAAAAACUUGUUCGAGAAGACCCAUUACACAGAUUGUGAUUAUAGCGAGAUUAGAUUUUUUGAAAUAUUUAAAAAUGUUGUGAUAUUUAAUCACGAUCGUGGUGUCAUUAGUAAGAUCGAUGAGUAUAUAAUGAAGAAUAGAAGUAAUAUAUCGAAAAUGAAUGAAGAAAUGAGAAAUGAAAUUUUCUUGCACUUGUAUGAAAUUUACCUUUACUAUAGGGACAUCCUAUUUUUGCAAAAGUUCAUUUUUACCAUAAAUUUUUGCGACAGAACUAAAUAUAAAUUUUUGAAAAAAAAGAGAGAAAAAAGAAAGACAAAACUGGUAAGUAGCGAUAGUAGAGAAAAUGAACGAGCAGAAUUGGGGAAAGGAAAAUGUACCAAAUUGGAUCACAGUUCAAAGGAAGGAAUGGAUUCACAUCAAAUGAAGGGCAGACAUCGAGAGAGAGAUGAAGCAAGUGCAGAACAGAGAACAAUAUGUACCAACAUUGAGGAAAUGCUUCUUUAUGCAACCAUGGAGGAGAGAGGUUUUACCGCUUCUUGUAAUGAUCGUAUUGGGACAUUGGAACAGAUUCGAGAACCCCAACUGAGGUAUGGAAGAAGAGAAAAAAUAAGUACAAAUUUUAUCUACGUAGGAAAGAAAGAAACUCAAGGUGACCAGAUGUCCAAGAAUGAAGAAUGUAAUAAUCUGAGCAGAGAAGCAGAACCGAUUGAAAGAGGAGAAGUAAUCAAUGCUGAAAAAGAGAGGAUGAAAAAAUACUGUAGCAGUGGGAGAAAGAGAUCUGCUGUUCUUGCAGAAAGAGAAUGUGGAAGUGAAAGAAGAAUGGAAGUGAUUCAGCAUGGCUGUGCUGACGAUUUUGUAGAAGAUGUAACAACAAAUAUAGACCUGAACUUUUAUGACAAUUAUAGAACAUAUUUUGUUAAGAAUAUGUUUUCUAUGAGAAAAUUAUUAAAAAUGGCAUUAGAAGGAGCAGAUGAAGAUGUUAUAAAAAAAAUAUAUGACAUGGGUCGUAGUGAUACCUAUUUAUGGCUUUAUACAGAAUAUUUAAACGUAAGCAUUUUUUGUUUUCAGAAAGUUUAUCACUUAUAUGUAAAAUUAGUAUCUCUUUAUGAGUCUCUCAUUUGGAUCACGAAUUUGAAUAAGAGGAAGAGGAAGCGACAUGAUGUUACCACAAUGAUCGGUUCAAUUGAAAAGUUUUUGCUCUAUGUAGAUGGCAAAGCUUGUAACAUAUUUCAGUUUUGCAAUUUUGUAUAUUUCGCUUUUGUUAACUGUUGCAGUGGAGGAAGAGGUAGAGACGAGAUGGUGAAAACUGUUGAGAGGAUGGGAAGUGACAAGAUGGUGGGAGGGGACAAUAUGGUGAGAGGGGACAAUAUGGUGAGAGGGGACAAUAUGGUGAGAGGGGACAAUAUGGUGAGAGACGACAAGAUGAGGAUUAUGCGAAUGGAUCGGAAUGGUAUGAAGAGGCACAAAGAGAUUAGAUCACUCGAAGGGAAAAAUACUAUGACAUUUUCAGAGAUUUUUGAGAACCCAUCUCAUGAUCUUAGUCCAAGGGAGAAGUGGGGAGAGGACAAAAGAAGACAUAUAAAAAUGAGACUCUCGAAAGUAGGGAACUUUUAUGAUGAUGCAUCAUUUUUUGAAAAGGAGAGUCCCCAAAAUUGUGAAAAAUAUGAUAAUUGUCAGACCAUUUUACAUCCUAUUAAUUGUGAGAAUUUUGACAACACAAUGGAGGAUGCAAAAAAAUUUCUCCAAUAUUACCACAAAUUGAAAAAAGGGAAAAGGCCAACUAGGUGUUCAAAGAGGAAAACAACAAGCAAGCGGAAAGGAAUGCAAAAUGGAAGAAGUAUGAACGAGAGUGGAUUGACUAAGAGAAAAAAAGGGAUCAACAACGAAGACAAUUACAGGAGCAGUUGUACCUCCAAUCACAGUUUCGAUGCUAGCGAGAAAUACCAAAAAUGGUACGACCGAAGCAAAGUUCGCAAAAGGGAGAAAAAAAAUUGUAGAGAAAAUGGAAAAAUGGAAGGGAAGUUAUAUAGAAGCAUAAGUUUGCCCAUAGUUUUGGAGAAAACUGUUUUGAGAAUGCAUCAUUUAAAAGGAAAAAUAACAUUAAAUAAAAAUAUAAUAGAUGGGAUAAAUAAGGAAAUUUUGAUUGGAACUCCAUAUGAACAUAUUUAUACGCAUUCUAAUUUUUGGGUAUAUUCCUCUUCUGACGAAAGUGAUGAUAAGAGCAUUUGUUGCAACGGGUUCUAUAUGAACAGUGCAUACAAUAUAAGUGCAUCCUUCGAUUCUGCCUUUGACCAUAUCUCAGACGAGGCAGAUGGCUUUUCUAAAAUUUCAAAUUUUUUCAGGACCUUCAGAAACAUGGACGGAAAUUUGGGUUUGUCUGGGUACUUUGGCUUCUGA